CAUGUCCGCCUGACAUUCAGAAUGAAUAUCCCCAAUGUAAUAAGGCCCAUUCCUCUUGAAAUCCAUAGAACAACAUCUGAACAUUAUAUGUGCCUGAGCAAAGUUACAGGCUUUAGUAGGGACAUGGUCAGAAAGAAUCUCCAAAGGUUUCUCACUGCAAAACCCAUUUAAUUUCACUUAUAUGUCUGUAAGUGUGUGUUACAUCUAAUACAUCUUUUUUAACAUAGACAGGUGCUCAUCUGUCUCUAAAAACAAUCUUUGUAGUGCGGCGGAAUGAUGUCAGAGCUGGCAGAGACACAACGUUACAGCUCAGCAGCCCAUUGGUCAAUCUGAAUGACUGACACGUCUAACGAACCAUCAGAUCCAAGAGAAUCAACGGACAGUCUCCAAAUCCCUGUCAACGACACCUUUCGCUCACUGUGAGAGGGUGAACACACUGUGUGGAAUUUGAUAGGUUGAAUCCGUUUCACAUUAGAAUCCCUCCGCUGAAGCUAAACAGCGCUGGAACAGGCCGUUUAUCAGCUCACAGUGACGAGUAGCCUUUUUGCUAGCUAGCAAAACAUCAAAGCCUCCGCGGAUCUAAAGCAGCCGGCGCGAUGAGCAGACGGAGAAGAUAAGUGCCCCCCCCUUCUUCUUCUUCUUCUUCUUCUUCUUCUUGUUUUUCCCGUGGACAUGCCUUUUCUAUGGAGGACGGCUGAGGGCAGCUAGCUGGCCGACAGUCCGGCUAGCGCACCGUCCCCGGGGGGUUCGUGGAUGACCGUUUAGCCGUCGAGGGGCUGGUGUAUUUCGGAUCAGCGGCUACCUCCCCAUCCCCGGGCGAGCAGUCAGCAUGGGGGAGCCCAGCCUGGACGACUCCAACGUCAAGGUGGCUGUACGCCUGCGGCCCAUGAACCGGAGAGAAAAGGAACUGAACACGAAAUGUGUCGUGGAGAUGGUGAAGAACCAGACGAUCCUCCACCCCGGGGGAGCGAACCUCGGCAAAGCAGACACGAGGAAUCAGUCCAAGGUCUUUGCCUACGAUUACUGUUUCUGGUCCAUGGACGAGACAGACAAGGAGAAAUUCGCAGGUCAGGAGGUGGUGUUCCAGUGCCUUGGGGAGAGUCUUCUCUACAAUGCCUUCCAGGGCUACAAUGCCUGUAUCUUUGCCUAUGGACAAACUGGUUCGGGGAAGUCGUACACAAUGAUGGGUUCAGGCGACCAGCCCGGUCUGAUUCCGCGCCUGUGCAGUGCUUUGUUUGACCGGACCCAGAAGGAACAGCGGGAGCAGGAGAGCUUCACGGUUGAGGUUUCCUACAUGGAGAUCUACAACGAGAAGGUCCGGGACCUGCUCGAUCCCAAAGGGGGCCGACAAACUCUGAGGGUGAGGGAGCAUAAAGUGUUGGGCCCCUAUGUGGAUGGCCUGUCUCGACUAGCUGUGGCCUGCUACAAGGACAUUGAGUCUUUAAUGUCGGAGGGGAAUAAGUCUCGGACUGUCGCUGCCACCAACAUGAACGAGGAGAGCAGUCGCUCGCAUGCCGUCUUCAACAUCAUCCUCACACACACACUCAAGGACUUGAAAUCUGGGACGAGUGGGGAAAAGGUGAGUCGGUUGAGCCUUGUGGACUUGGCUGGAAGUGAGAGAGCAGCAAAGACCGGAGCAGCGGGAGAGCGACUGAAGGAGGGAAGCAACAUCAACAAGUCGCUGACGACACUGGGCCUGGUGAUCUCGGCGCUGGCUGAGCAGGGAACGGCCAAGAACAAGAACAAGUUUGUCCCUUACAGAGACUCUGUUCUGACAUGGCUGCUGAAGGACUGUCUGGGUGGCAACAGUCGCACGGCGAUGGUCGCAACAGUGAGUCCAGCGGCAGACAACUACGAGGAGACGCUGUCGACGCUGCGUUACGCCGACCGAGCUAAGAGCAUAGUCAACCACGCUGUCGUCAAUGAAGACCCCAACGCUCGCAUCAUUAGGGAGCUCCGAGAGGAGGUGGAGAAACUGCGAGUACAGCUGACCCAGGCAGAGUCUUUAAAGGCUCCGGAGCUGAAGGAGCGUCUGCAAGAGUCCGAGAAGUUGAUACAAGAGAUGACCACCACCUGGGAGGAGAAGCUUCGCAUAACCGAGGAGAUUGCACAGGAGCGUCAGAAGCAGUUGGAGAGUCUGGGUAUUUCUCUCCAGUCCUCAGGGAUUAAAGUCGGUGAUGAUAAAAGUUUUCUCGUCAACCUCAACGCUGAUCCUGCUCUGAAUGAACUGUUGGUGUACUACCUGAAGGAACACACAAAGGUGGGCUCGGCCGACUCUCAGGACAUCCAGUUGUGUGGGAUGGGUAUCCAGGCAGAACACUGUGUCAUCGACAUUAUGGCGGACACUGGUGUCAUCCUCACGCCCUAUCGCAACGCUCGGACAUGUGUUAAUGGUUCUCCAGUAACCAGCGCACUGCAGCUUCACCAUGGCGACCGAAUCUUCUGGGGAAACAAUCACUUCUUCAGGAUCAACCUGCCUAAGCGGCGUUGCCGCGGAGCAGAGGACGAGGAGGGCGAGGGCGGUGUCAUGAAGAACAGCGGCAGCAGUGAGCAACUGGAUGCAGAUGGUGACACGUCCAGCGAAGUGUCUAGUGAGGUCAGCUUCUCCUACGAGUUCGCCCAGACAGAGGUCAUGAUGAAAGCCCUGGGCAAUAAUGACCCCAUGCAGGCAGUCCUCCAGUCUCUGGAGAGGCAACAUGAAGAGGAGAAGCGCUCCGCCCUGGAGCGACAGAGGCAGAUGUACGAGCAGGAACUCCAGCAGCUCCGAAAGAAGCUUAACCCGGACCGUUUGUCCACGGGCCAAUCCGGAGCUCCGGCGUCUGGCCAGCAAGGUCCGGGGCAGCAGUCUCACUACCGCAGCCUGGAGCGACUCAGCAUGGGAGGGAUGAGCCAUUCCACCAGCGCCCAGAGCAGACUGAGGCAGUGGAGCGAGGACAGGGAGGCGGUGCUGGUGAGGAGUCUGAGGAGGUUGAGGGAGCAGAUCGUGAGGGCAAACCUCAUGGUGCAAGAAGCCUGCUUCAUCUCCGAUGAGCAGGAGCGUCACACCGAGUACAGAGUCACUCUGCAGAUCCCAUCGGACAACCUCAACGCAAACCGCAAGAGGGAUGCUGUGCUCAGUGAACCAGCGAUUCAGGUCCGACGUCGUUGUCGAGGGAAACAGAUCUGGAGCCUGGAGAAGAUGGAGAACCGUCUGGUGGACAUGAGAGAGCUUUACCAGGAGUGGCAGGACUACCACCUCCAUCACCAUGACAACCCAGUGAUGCGCUCAUAUUUCCGUAGGGCUGAUCCCUUUUUUGACGAGCAGGAGAACCACAGUCUGAUUGGCGUCGCCAACGUUUUCCUGUCCUGUCUCUUCUACGACGUCAAGCUGCAGUACGCUGUUCCCAUCAUCAACCAGAAGGGAGAGGUCGCAGGGCGUCUCCACGUGGAGGUGGUGAGGGUCGGGGGCGGCUUAGAGGAAAACAUAGCUGGAGGAGAUGAAGCGGACAACAACCAAGACACUGAGAUCCAGGAUCGCAAACUUGCAUGCAUGAUUAAGAUCCUGCAGGCCACUGGUCUUCCCCAGUAUCUCUCCAACUUCGUCUUCUGUCAGUAUUCCUUCUGGGACCAGCCUGAGCCAGUCAUUGUGGCGCCUGAAGUCGACCCGUCGUCCUCUUCACCCAGCACUAAGGACCCACACUGCAUGGUGGUGUUUGACAGCUGCCAGGAACUGGCCGUGUCGGUGACCGAGGAUUUCAUCGAGUACCUCACAGAAGGGGCAGUCGCCAUCGAGGUUUAUGGACACAGGCAGGCAGACGCAGGCAGGAACCCCGCGCUGUGGGACCUCAGCAUCAUCCAGGCCAAGACGCGCUCACUGCGAGACAGAUGGAGUGAGGUUACACGUCGUCUGGAGCUGUGGAUUCAAAUCCUGGAGAUUAACGAGAACGGAGACUUUGUCCCGGUGGAGGUGGUUCCUGCUCGAGAUGUACGGACCGGGGGAAUCUUCCAGCUGCGGCAGGGUCAGUCGAGGCGGAUCCAGCUGGACGUGCGUUCAGUUCAGGACUCGGGCACCAUGCCUCUGAUAGCAGAGAUAGUGCUGGCCGUGUCGGUCGGGUGCGUGGAGAUCAGGAACACUGCAGUGAACCAGGAAGGAGACGAGAUGGACAGUUAUCAGGAACGAGAUCUGGAACGCUUGCGGCGGCAGUGGCUGGCCGCUCUCACCAAGAGACAGGAAUACCUCGACCAACACCUGCAGAGCCUCGUCAGCAAAUCAGAAAAGACAGAGGACGACAUAGAGAGGGAGGCUCAGCUGCUGGAGUGGCGCUUGACUCUGACAGAGGAGAGGAACGCCGUCAUGGUGCCCUCUGCUGGCAGCGGCAUUCCUGGAGCGCCAGCUGAAUGGGUUCCUCUGCCCGGCAUGGAGACUCAUAUUCCCGUCCUCUUCCUGAACCUCAAACCUGAUGACCUCAGCUCUCAAGACCAGUUUGAGGUUCCUGAGGCUGGAGGUUGGGAUGCCACCCUGAGUGGAGAAGAUGAGGACGACUUCUUUGACCUGCAAAUUGUAAAACACUAUGAUGGAGAGGUGAAAGCAGAGGCAUCGUGGGACUCCACCAUCCACGAGUGUCCCCAGCUCAGUCGCGGUGGGGCAUGGCCCGAGCAGAGGGUCUACCUGACAAUCAGAGUGGUGGUUCAGCUCAGCCACCCCGCCGACAUGCAGCUGGUGCUGAGGAAGAGAAUCUGUGUCAACGUCAACCCCGGUCGGCAGGGCUUCGCCCACAACUUCCUCAGAAGGAUGUCCACCCGCAGCAGCAUACCGGGCUCCGGGGUCACGUUCGACGUGGUCUCCAACAUCCCCGGGGAUGCUCCUGGAUCAGAGGAUAGGGAGAUGCUGGCUCGCGUCGCCGCAAGUGCACACAACAACAUGCCUGGCGAAGACGAGGCAGCCAUUGAGAAAUACCUCCGUAGUGUCAUGAGUCUGGAGAACAUCCUCACUCUGGACCGACUGCGACAGGAGGUGGCAGUGAAGGAGCAGCUGGCUGGCAAAGGGAGGAGCAACAGACGGAGCAUAAGUUCUCCCUCUGUCCACAGGCUGUCUGGAAGUAGACAAGACUUGUCCACGACCUGCCUGCUGGAUGACAAGGUUCGAUGGGAGAGUCAGCAGGACAUCUUCAUGCCCUCACAGUUUCACCGCACCCUCCCCCGCCCAGCCUCCUCCCCUUCCACCUACUCCACCUCCCCUUCGUCAUCCACCAGUUCCUUCGCUAUGAGCCCCCCGCAGAGUCAGGAACCAGAGCAAGGUCGUUCAGGACUUGCUGCCUCUUAUCUUUCAGUUAAGGCGCUGGUCCCUCAGAUGCCGAAACUGCUCAAGUCUCUGUUUCCCGCGCGGGAUGACAAGAAGGAGCUGAGACCUUCGCCGCACAGCCAGCAGCAUGUGCCUCGCAUCAUGACCUCACCAGGAGGGGACGACAACCGGGUCAAGACCGAGACGACCGCCACACUGCAGCCCCCGACCACCAAAGACAGGCGGGCAGAGUUCCCAGAAGUCCCUCCUCUUCCUGUGCAUGACCCGCAUGACACCACCUCCCUCAGCCCCCUCAGCCAGUCGUCGAGCGGCUACUUCUCCACUAGUGUUUCUACGGUUACCCUGUCUGACGUCCUCCAACCCUCCUCCUCGUCUUCCUCCCUCCUGGCUGCUGAGACUACGUUACCCACAACCCCCCAGCAGCCGGCCGCUGAUAGGAAUGAUGUUGUGACCUCUCCUUCUCAGUGUGCCGCCAAGGUGGCCGCCGUCACUCCGCCCUCCUCGAACAGCUCGGCCAAUCACAACAACGUCAGCGCGGAAAACUCCUUCUCUAAACAGAGACUGGUGAACUCGGGAGGAGGAGGUGAAGGGUUUGAGCGGCUGGAGAUCUUUAUGGACGAUGAAGAGCGUAGCCGUUAUGACGUUCUGCCUGAUUGGCUGACAGUCGGGGCAUAUGUUACAGCAGGAGGCAACAAAGCGGGCACAGUGCGCUACGUAGGAGUGACGCAGUUUGCCGAGGGAGUAUGGGUGGGGGUGGAGUUGGACACACCUGUAGGUAAGAACGACGGCUCGGUCGGAGGUCACCGGUACUUCCACUGUAAACCGGGGUACGGGGUGCUGGUUCGCCCCGACCGCCUGUCCUGCCGCGAUCGCACCUCUCGGCAGGCAGGGGAGCUCGCCCCUCCCGCCCACGUCCCCGUCCUGCGAGGAGAAGCCAUUGUCGCAAGGAGGGGGGAGAACCGCAAAUCCUGGAGCAGUUGAGACACGUAAAAAACUAGGAGCUGGACGUGAGAGAGAAACUCCACACAGCCCUCCUCCUCUUCCUCUUCUUCCUCCUCCUCUUCCUCCCAGCUAUGCAACAGGCGAACACCAGAAUUGACUUGCCGCCUGCCCUGCUACAGUAGGAAACUACAACUCUCAACAUCCAUUCACAGUUACCGGAUGGAACCAGAAUAAAGACGGUAGAGAGACGGUUCAGAAUGAAUGCAAGUAAUUCAAUGAGAGACUACGCACAGUGUAUGGAAGUCCGUGGAAGGACCGUUUAUCACGUGGGAAGACGACGCUCGACGAGUGGCGGUCAAUGGGACGACUGCUGAGAGUGAGUGGAGGCAGCAGCGGCGGGGCAGCGCAGGGGGAGUGGACGCUGCAGACGCAAGAUCUGAGAUACAGGGACGCAAUCUACGCACGUCAGGCAUCUGAAAGCAUAUUUUAAAUCUGGGGAUGGGGGUUAAUAUACGCUAUUAACCCCCAAAAUGUUUUGGGGUCAAACUUUGCUGUGGCUGCUGACCUUUGCUUUCACUUGUGCUGCGUUUGCCCCCCUGGAUACAACGUGUAGACCUGAGACUCUGUGUGUCCCACUCCCCUGACCUCUCCAGCUCCGGUCUGCGGACCCGACUGACCCUUUGACUCGUCUCUCCUUCUCAGACUCCUCUUCUUUUCUCUUUGAAGAUGAGAUUCUCCCAAAAUGUGCCUUCACCAUGGCUUGUUUUUGUUUUUGUUUCGUCUGUGUAUUUAAUUUCUGUUCGUCGUGUUUGUGUGCUUGGGUUUUGAGGAGAAACCCUUGUUCUACGUGUGGGGUGAUCUCAGGGACUGUAGCGGGGGAAAGGCUAGGGAGGGGAGCGCGUGUGCACGUGCGUGCACGGGCACAUUUGUAAAUGUUGUGCAGUGUUGACCCGUAUGCACAGGUUCAUGUCGUCUUAGUCGUGCUAGUGUGAAGGAUCAAGAUGUGUAGAGCAAGGAGAAGUGCGUCCUCGUGGGACAGAGCCACUGUGGGAGCUUGCUGGUUUGUACUGGGAGGCUUUUAAAAAAGUCGGAUUUUGCACUGGAGAUGUUGGAUAAGAAGCUUGUGUGCGUGCGUGUGUGUGUGCGUGCGUGUGUGCGCGCGCGGUCAUGAGGCGGAGAAACAGACACGUUAACAGAGAGAGGCUGGUGUAACGAUGGCAUUGUCACGAGACUUCUGUAGUGCCUGAGCUCUCUGGAUGUCUGGGAAGUUGCCUGGUCGUCCUCUGACACCGGGAGGCGCUGUCCAUAGAGUAGCAGUGUUGGUGGAAACAGGCACGUGUGUGCGCCGAGGAAAAAUAGAAAGGCGCUCGAGAAGAGGAACGUGUGCUUCUAUGCAUUUGAUGUGUUUUAAAAAAGGAGCUUAGGUUUUUACUUUUUUUUAUUUCUGAACGACUCACACAGCUGGGAGAAGGAGCCGAGACGUACGCUCUGGGAGAAGUAUCGUGAUCGAUGCAACAUUCCUGAAACAUCCACCGGACGGAAGUGAAGGUGAUGGGACAGACUUUGGGAUGUUUUUUUUCAUUUUAAAUCAAUGUUUUAUUGAACAUCCUAUAGGGGACUUUAACAUUUUUAUACUGACCUCAUUCCUGCGUAUUAUUUUACGUAGAAGCGUCGGCAGUGCACCGCUGCGCUGUUUGAUUCUUUCUAGGUCUGCCGUGAACUCAUGAAGAACGUAGACAGGACGUACACACUUGCUUGUAAAACUCUUCCAUGAGUUAAAGGGCCACCCCACCAAUUUUACGCAUUAAAGGGGCAGUUAGUGAUUCUACAGCAAUACACGUUGUUUUGUAAAAGUCAGCGAAUCAUUUCCUUACCGUCGGUCAGCUUUCGCUUCUGUGGGUUGCGCCAGAAAAAAUCGGGGUAUUCGGGCUCAGCCCUGGCUCCGUAAAUCGGAAACAAAAAAGAAAUGGUGCGGGCCGCGCCACGCAACACUGCGAGCACAGUUGGUAAAUGUCACUCAUUGACACCUUAUGAGACGUGCUCGCGGGCGCAACAUCACAACAACAACAAAGAGAGAAACAAGCUCUCUCCAAAAAACGCUUACGGCCCCUUAAAGUCCAGUUUGCUCUCACACACGGCAGCUUCCUCCUCGGUCUGAGAAAAUAACCCUGAUGACAUCAUCAGGGUUACUACAUGAAGACUAAGGGCAGAAGAAUCGGGAGUGUGGAGUUCGAUGGACACGCAUCCUCAUCAGUUGGGGGAGGGUCUGAUGAAAGAGCAUGUAGAUUGAAUAUCUAUGGAUUUUUGACGAAUCUGAUGUUUCGCAAGUUUCCUCACAUUGUGGAACCACUGCACUAAAUGUUUGGAGACUAUUGGUCAGUGGUCAAAUUUGGUCGGAGUCCCAUAGGGUGCUGAUUGGCUGAUUCAACAGAGACUUGGCAUUAGUUUGGGAAACUUUUCCUUUUACAGCAGCAGUUGUACAGCUCGUAUCCUAAUGACCACGAACUUGUUACCUGUUUACGGACAUGUGACUCACGUCCGAUGACUCGGGCGUCAUCGUAGGCUGUUGCUGCGGUAACAGGUAAUUAUUGUACACAAAAGAAAUCUGUAAGGUUUGCUGAUGUAGCGAUGCAUAUAAAAACAUUAUCUGGAAUACUGUUUGUGCUCAGUAUGUCCAAACACUAUCUAUCAUCUUUAUCGAUACAUUUUUAUCUCCUUCCUUCCUGUAUAUCGAUGCGUUCCUUGACUUCGAGAAGCGUGAUUUUACUAUUUAUAUCGAAGCGCUCGUUACACAUGCCUUUAUCGCAUGACAAUUGAUGAAGCCUUUUUUAUUUGAAGGAUUAUUGCACAAAUGAUUCCAUGAAGAUUGCUGCUAUUAGCAUUGUAAAUUUACCUGUAAAUGGAUCAACUGAUUUAUCUAACGCUCUCGAUCUCUCACUGUAAAAUUAGAUUGGAGUUCAAUAUUAGAUUUUUUUUUUUUUAUUUUUAAUCCCCGACGGAUUAAAACUGUGGGAAACUCAUGUCGGCGCUUUUGUUUUUUUCUGUGACCAACGUAUUUUUUAUGAAGAGGUAAAAAAAAAUGUAGAAAAUGGAGGCACUUUGUUAUGUGAGCCUUUGGGAGAAGAGACAGGUCGAGGAAAUGUGGAGGAAGCUCUAAUGUCGGGAGAAGUGUGAGAUGAGAAGACGGAGUCCGUCGCAAUAUUCUAGUUAUUGUCUUGUGUAUUUAUUUAACCGGGCCUUAAAGCCCCAUGACCCCGGAGUUCUCUGAUUGGUUGGUUGGUUUCUGUAGGUGGCUCUCUGGUGUGUGAUUGGUCGGCAGGUAGUGAGGUGGUACGUAGGUUGGACUCUUGUUGGCUUGACUAUUUUCUAUAUAAAAUUGUGGUUCAUAAUAGUUAUGUGGUAACGGAGUGAUGGGGUGAAGUUUUCGUGUGCGUGUGUGAGUGAGAGAGACCCCGCUUUGAUUCAGUCGUGUCAGCGAGUCCUUACCACGACGGGACGUGACGUGACCACCAGCUGAGAAACGUUCACGCUCUCCCGUCUCUGUGGCCGGUCGACAGACGUUCCCGCCCUGGUCUCUGCUCGGACACGUUUCUGUUUCUAGGGGUUUGAGAUCACGUCAGGCUUCUGGAUGCUCCUUUUUUUUUUGUUUUUUGUUAAUGUGCCUCUGAAACCACGUGAGCGUGUCUCUUCCACACUGUCCUCACGUCAGUGCUUCAGUUCAUUUGCACAAAACGUCUCCAGAGGGAAGCGAAGGGAGCUGAUUUCUGGAACACUUGUAUACGUAUGAAGAAAAUAUAACCAGAUUUAUUUUAAUUUUAUUUACAGAUUUCUCAACAUAUCUGUUUUUCAUUUUAAACUGCACUUUUUUUCCCCCCUUUUUUAAUUUUCUGCUUUCACUUCCGAGAUUUCCGAGGUUUUUGUAGAGCAAUAUUCUGCAGCUUCUUUCCUUCACUCGCUGCUCCACUGCCUUAAAGUAAAAAAAAGAUGAAACGUGGUUAUGAUUUCACAUGAGAGCAGGUAACGCUCACAGUAAGUCUCUUCUUCCGUCACCCUCCACAGGGUCUGCAGCAUCACAUGAGCAUCAGUUUAUCAGGUGAAGUGUGACGUCGCUGCACACGACCCACGGAGCAACAAGAGCCAUCGCAGUAAGGAACUGUUAAAAGAGAAAGAAAACUAUCAUCAGUUCUUAUCGUGUCCAUCUCUGCCACUCGAGAGAUUAGAGCGAAGCCAUCCGCAGUAUUAUUCAUGUGACUGUAUCCACCGACCUCACUUCACUCGUGCGAUCCGUCCGAGCAUAUUCAAGAACGCGUAUCGAUCCGUACGAGUCCUUCUGCUCCUCGGAAUCAUUCAAGUUAUCAAGUUAUUUCUUUUUUUCUUCUCGUUGGUUUCUUCCUAAGUGCUUUUUCUUUCGUCCCAUAUCUUUGUUUUUUGCGUUUCCGGCCCUGCCUUUAAACGUGGCCUUCGAACUGGAGCCCGACCGGGUUUCAGCGGGACCGCUCCCAGCUCUCUGGCUGAACGUGCUGUCCGUGUCCUGGGCUAUCUGAAGGGGGAAGCAUUCCAAAAUCACAGAGACCAAUUCUGGUUGCCUAUGAAAAUAAAAAAAAUACAUUAUUUUAAAAAAGAAGGAAAAAAAAGGGAGGAUCUUAAUGUGGCAGUUGUGAGUCAUUUGGUCACAAGAGCCAUGUUUUUAUUUCUCUUCAACAAGAGGCAAAGGCCACUGUCGCCCCCUGGUGGCUACUGUCUAACCUCAAUCAUUCCACACAUGUAUCCAAGUGUAUAAUUCCAGCCAGAGCGUCUGACCAUCAGUCAGUCGAAUUGCAACCUCCACUGCCAACCUGGGGUCACAUCAAACCUUUAACAUCUUCAAAGUAGCAGGUUUUGUGUUUUUUUUUUAAUUUCUUUUUUAAAUUUUAUUUGUAUCGGACAAAAUCUUCUGUUCCUGCCUCGGUGGUGAGUUUUCACCUCGCCGCCGCCUCUGUCCCUGGUCCCGUGGUCGUCCAGAGUGUUUCUGCCAACUUCUCCCCUGAGGCCUUAAAGCUGACAAAGCGUCGCACCUGCUGGCUGCAUGCAGUUCACUUUCAAAUAUGUAAAAAAAAAAAACACACACACACACAAACAAGCAAUACGUGGCUGUCCGGUGAUGCAACAGCCCUUUUAGCAUUUUUGUUUUGUUUUCAGACACAGCCGCUCCUCUUGGUGCAUUUUAAAGGUAUCAACACUCCUCCCUGGUACCUGCAGCCAUAACGAACGGAGCGGAAUAAUAAAGGAAGGAUGAUAGAAGCUGAAGUGGAGAGUUUGGUGCUUGCUCCCCCCUCCCUGUAAGGUUAGGGUUUGGGUUACGAGGGGUUUUAACGUGACCUUCAACCCCUGCUCAACAUUAUGAAUAUAUCUCGAUCACCCCGACUAAUCAUUAUCAAUCAUUGCUACUGUUGAUUCUGUGGAGUUGGUUUUGUCUUGAUGUGUCACGUGUAGGUGUGAGUGCACCAUCCGAGUGGUCGUUCAGUGUGUGUAUAUAUGCGCAUAUUAAGACUUAUAAAAAGAUCCAUCUGAGCACAAGUUGGGGUUUUUAUUUGAUUAAUUUAAUGGUUUAAUGUAAUUCUAUGCUGCAAUCCAAAGAAUAAACCUGUAUUAUAAUACAUUUAUAAUUUUUUUCUUUUUUGAAAUUAUCUAAAUAGGAAUCUGGUAAGAAAUUAAAAAAAGGAAGAUUAA